AUGAUAUUGAAGAUCGGAGAAGAUAGUAUUCAACACUGCCAUUGGGAAGAGGAUGAGAUGUUGAUCAGUGCGUGGUUAAAUGUUUCAACUGACCCUGUAGUUGGUACCGAUCAAAAGGGGGAAACAUUUUGGAGUCGAAUUCAUAGCUACUGUGUAGAAUUUUGUUCCGACAUGACAAGGGGGGUAGUUGCAUGUAAGAAACGAUGGUAUAAGAUUAACAAGGCUGUUGCACAAUUUGCUGGUUGCUACGAUCAAGCUAGUCGAAACAUAAGGAGUGGUUCAAACGCUGAUGACAUAAAGGAGUUGGCUUAUAAACUUUAUUCCACAAAUUAUGGUAAAAAAUUUACUUUUGAGAGGCAUUGGAACAUGCUUCGGUUGGAGCAAAAAUGGAGAAGCCAACUACCUACACAGAGUGGCGGCUCAAAGAGAACCAAGGUUAGUGCAACUAGAGCAUACUCAUCCUCAUCAAACCCAGAAACACCGUUGGCUGACGAACCCAUUGUGGACUCUCCCGUUCGCCCACAAGGAUCGAAGAAGAGCAAGCGAAAAGGUAAGGAAAAAGCAUAG